AUGCGAAGGAGGUCGGUCAGUGGGCGGCGGAGAGCACAAACUAGACUGAUUGGGGCCGACUCGUUGACGGUUCAGAUGCACAAUGCCACAGAGGUCAAGAAAGCAAAUGGAGACUCCUCAACUCCAAAACCUGGAUUAGGUCCUCGGCCCAUUGGCGGCGAUGAGAAGCUGGGGAUGUUCUCUGGCGUAUAUGUGCCGACGUGCUUGAAUGUUUUGAGCAUUCUUAUGUUCUUGAGAUUCGGCUUUAUACUUGGCCAAGGAGGGUUUCUUGGAAUAAUGGGAAUGCUUAUUGCUUCCUAUGCCAUCAACCUUAUAACCACCUUCUCACUCUCUGCGAUCGCCUCCAAUGGCACUGUUCGAGGCGGCGGAGCUUAUUAUCUUAUAUCCAGAUCUCUUGGUCCAGAGUUUGGAGGGUCAAUAGGAGUCGUGUUCUAUUUGGGCUUUGUUUUCAAUACCGGGCUGAAUGCUGUUGGUUUGAUUGACUGUAUGAAGAUCAAUUUUGGUGCCACAGCUGGAAACUGGGCAAAUUGGCUGCCCGACAGCCAGUGGUAUCUCUACCUCUGGUCUACGAUUGUGCUUGUAAUAUGCACUGCAAUCUGCCUUGCCGGGUCAUCUAUCUUUGCCCGUGCUAGUAACGGGCUUUUGGUGAUUCUUCUUAUAGCUACUCUCAGUAUCCCCUUCUCUGCGCUUAUCGUCUCGCCAUUCGAAAAUAGACAAUUGGGCAUUAAUUAUACUGGGAUCAGCUGGACUACCUUCCUUGGAAACCUAAAGCCUCAGCUUACGAGAGGCGCUGCGGGCAGUCAAAUACGUGGGAAAGAGACGUUCCAGGAUCUUUUCGGCAUCCUUUUUCCAGCGACUGGUGGCAUCUUUGCUGGGGCCAGCAUGAGUGGGGAUCUUAAGAACCCUAGCAAAUCGAUCCCGAGGGGUACACUUUACGGGCUUGGAACAACUUUCGUCUUAUAUACACUCGUUAUUUUAGCCAUGGCAGCCACGAUCACUAGAUCGUCUUUUGUUAGGAACGCCAACGUUAUCCAGGAUACCAAUAUUUCUGGAGUUGUGAUUCUGGCUGGCGAGUUUGCAAGCUCGUUCUUUUCCACGUUGAUGGGCGUCAUUGGAUCAGCCAAGUUAUUACAAGCGCUUUCAAGGGAUAAUCUUCUCCCUGGAUUCAUGAUAUUUGGCCAGGGAACGAAGAAAGGAGACGAGCCCACGUAUGCGAUUCUCAUGACAUACAUCGUGGCUCAGGUUACGAUGCUAUGCGACUUGAAUCAAAUUGCCUCGUUUACAACAAUGACUUAUUUGAUGACAUUUUUGGUUAUGAACUUGGCUUGUUUUCUUCUGAAAAUUGGCUCUGCUCCGAACUUCAGACCAUCCUUCCAUUUCUUCAACUGGCAGACUGCCCUAACUGGCACGAUUGUCUCUGCAGUAGCUAUGUUCUUUGUCGAUGGACUCUACGCUACUGGCUGUGUCGGCAUCCUCAUUGCAAUAUUCCUCGUGAUUCAUUAUACAAGUCCGCCAAAGAGCUGGGGCGAUGUCUCACAGUCUCUUAUUUACCACCAGGUCCGCAAGUACCUCCUUCGGCUGAGGCAAGAACAUGUCAAAUUCUGGCGUCCGCAGAUUCUGCUGUUUGUCAACGACCCUCGGCGGCAGUAUAAACUUAUCCAAUUCUGCAAUUCAAUGAAGAAAGGAGCACUAUAUAUCUUAGGUCAUGUAAUUGUGACGGACAACUUCGGCGGCUCGGUUCCAGAAGCUCGCCGACAGCAGGCAGCCUGGACUAAGUACAUUGACUUUUCGAAAAUCAAAGCUUUUGUCAACAUUGCUAUUUCUCCCGGUGUCGAAUGGGGGGCCAGAAACAUCGUCCUUAGCGCAGGAUUAGGAGGCAUGAGACCAAACAUUGCGGUCUUGGGGUUUUACAAUCUAGAUGACUUACGACGGAAUCAACCCUUGAUCGAUGUCCCCGAAAUUCGAUCCCUAGAAAUCAGACCAGAGACUACCGAACCACCUUUACCUCGCCAAGAUAGCAAAAAGGACUUUAGCCUUCCAACAGAUUCUUGCAAGACAGAAGCGAUGAUGAGUGUUACAAGUUAUGUGACGAUUCUCGAGGACCUUCUCUUGCGACUUCAAAUCAACGUUGCCGUCGCAAAAGGAUUCCAAGAUCUUGAACUCCCUUCUGAGAAUGGAGAUCACAGCAAAAGAUAUAUCGACCUUUGGCCAAUCCAGAUGUCGGCAGAGAUCGCGGCAGAAGGCGAUAACAAACAGAAUGUUUUGACGACAAAUUUUGAUACUUAUACAUUAAUCUUACAGCUGGGCGUAAUUUUAAAUACUGUUCCAGCAUGGAAAAAAGCUUACAAACUUCGAGUCGCAGUCUUCGUCGAGUAUGAAUCCGACGUAGAAGAGGAACGAGGGCGAGUCAAGACCUUGCUUGAGAAUUUAAGGAUAGAGGCCGAAGUUCUCGUCUUCUGGUUAGCUUCUGGAAAUCUACCAGCAUACGAAAUCAUCGUGAAUGGAGCAAGUCCGGGGAAGGAGGCGGAAGAAGAGGUCCGGGAAUGCUUAAAAGGUCAGGAGUGGUGGGAAGAGCUUCAAAAGAUACGAGGAAACCGUGGGGUGACCUCUGCCACGGAAGACCUCUCAGAGAUUGCGAAUAUCUUCACUGAUGGAACAAACUGGCCCGACUCGUCAUUCCAGCAGGGACCUCGUGGAGAAAAAAUUGAACGAUUUCUUGGCCUCCGCAGACUACUGAAGAAAGGAAAGAGAAAGCACACGAUGAGUGGGAUAACGAAAUUGGGCGUGAGUCUUGGAAUGCGGACUCACCGGUUGUCGGACAAUGUUAUGUCGCAGCACGCAACAACAAUGAGUGCAAGCGAGGAUUCAGAGAGUGACUCUGAAAGCGAUUCAGAGGACUCUUCAACUCUCAGUGCGGCGAGUGAGGGGGAUAUCGACGAUUUCGUAUCUGAUGAUGGAUCUUCUGUGCCAAGCGCUCAGUUGAUACGAAGACGAAGGAGCCACGGUGAUUCUAUGCGAGGCCCACCUCCAUCGAAGAAAUCAACUGGUGAAGCGGAGAUCAAAGUCCCACAACGGCCGUCGGCAGGAUCACUACAUUCGGAACCAACCGCCACUGUUGCAACGACCGUGCCACCCGCAGCUUCGGCGCCAGAUCUCACGUUCAAAAGAUCCGAGAGUCCGAGCAGAAAGCCACCGUCAAUCUCCAAUCUCUCCACAUCACUCAAAGCCAACUCCGAAGGUUCAAGCAGUAAACCUGCCUCUCUCAAAGAACCGGACAAGACCCCAACAAGAACAGAUGCAUCGAGUACUCGUCCAGCCUCUGUUCGCUCUGAACGCCCGACCCUCUCUCGCCACGCAUCUCAGCCCAAGUUCUCAAGUAAACCUGUACCUAUCACCCGAGUUGCAACUGAAGAUGGGCCUGGACCCAGUAUCAUGUUCACCGACACUCCUUCUCCCCCGACACGGCGAGCAUCCCGUCUGCCUUCUGCUUAUCGGCCAAACGCCUCACUACGGGACCAUAUCUCCGAGGUCUCCGAGAAUGCUCCUUCUCCUACUCAAUCACGACGUGGAUCUAUGUACUCUACUCAAGCCCUUCCAAUCAGCUUCAAUGAUUUACCGUGUCGAGCUCAGCAUCUGAUUCUGAACCAGUUGAUGCGGAGUAAGAGUAAACACACUGCGGUUAUGUUCACGACGUUGCCGAGUCCGGUUGAAGGGACCAGUAGGAGUGUGGAGAGUAGCGCGGCUUAUUUGGGGGAUUUGGAGGUGCUGUGCAGAGGGUGUCCGCCGGUGUUGAUGGUACAUAGCAAUAGUAUGACGGUUACUAUGAGCUUGUAG